AUGUCGCUAACAACCCCAGAAAAAUGCAUCUACGCUGCUGCUGCGCUCAAAUGCGACAAGGCUUGCAAUGACGAGGACAACCCUGACAAGGGAACGCACCGGCACGAGCACGAUGAAGGGGGCCACAUGUCUGACGCGGCAUGUCCGAGCCACAUCCAGAUGGCCCUGGACGAAUACACCAGCUACCUCCAGCAGCUGCGCUGCAUCUGUCGAGAUGCUUUGCUGGGAUCUUCUUCGGUUGAGUCUUGUUGCAGCAAAGGCAAGAAGCAGCCCAAGAAAAAGAACUGUUGCGGUGAUGUGGGCUGUUCCAGCAGACCCGCCGUUCAUGAUCUCUUUAAUUUCGAGCCCUCUGGCUCCGGACGCAAGGAGAUCGACCCAGAGCAGGCCGCCGAUAUGGAGACGGUGCACUACCUCGUCGCAGGCAUGGACUGUACAUCCUGCGCCGACAAGCUCAUGGCCAUCUUCAACGCCAUGCCAGGUGUCUCCUCGUCUCGCGUCAACUUUGUGGUCGGUCGCGGUGAAGUGCAUAUCGACACGUCCGUGACCAGCGCAGAUGAAGUCCUGCGAUUCGCAGCGGCAGCGAGCAACUUUCCUCUGGUCAAGGCCGUUGGUGGUGAUUUCUACCUUGACGUCCUCGCUGGGCCCGGUGAAGCCAACAGAUGGACCGGGCAACCGCCUCAGGGUGUGACGGACACACAUGUCCUGGACAGAAAGACGGUGCGUCUCGCCUAUGAUCCGGCAGUCACUGGCGCACGCGAUCUCCUCUCGUCUCUUCAGGACCAGUGCCAGGGGCUAGCUGAACCACGAGGCGACCCGCAGCUCGAAAACAGCCGUCGUCGUCUGCGGGAUCAGCUGUACAAGACCCUUCUCGCUGCGCUGUUCACGAUCCCCGUCGCGGUGCUAGCAUAUGCCAACGGCCUCGUAGACAAGCAGACAAAGGGCAUCAUCUCCAUCGCCCUCGGCACAUGCGUACAGAUCAUCGCCAUACCCGAGUUCUACCGCCCCGCCCUGAGCGCACUCUGGUACAGCCGCAUUGUCGAGAUGGACAUGCUCGUCGUCAUGAGCAUCACGGCCGCCUACGGCUACUCUGUCGUCGCCUUUGGCUUCGAGAUGGGCCAUCAAUCUAUUGAACAGGGCGAAUUUUUCGAGACAAGCACCAUGCUCAUCACCCUGAUCCUCAUGGGCCGCCUGGUCGCUGCGUUCGCGCGGGUGCAGGCUGUCGCGGCCGUGUCACUGCGAUCCCGGCUGAGCAGCAGUGCCCUUCUGGUCACCACAGCAGGCGAUCAGGAGAUUGAUGCAAGGCUGCUACAGUAUUGUGACAGCUUCAAGGUCCUGCCGCACACACGUGUGCCCACCGAUGGCAUUGUGACCACUGGCAAAACCGAGGUCGACGAGUCGAUGCUCACAGGCGAGUCCAUGCCCGUGCUCAAGAAAGAAGGCGACAACCUCAUUGCCGGCACUCUGAAUGGCGAUGGUACCGUGACCGCACGGCUCACACGUCUACCCGGCAAGAACACAGUGACCGACAUUGCGCAGCUCGUGGAGGAGGCGGCCAACUCCAAGCCCAAGCUACAAGACCUGGCGAACAAGGUGGCCAGCUGGUUCGUCCCCACCAUGGCCGCCAUGGCCGUGCUGGUCCUGGUCAUCUGGCUCGCAGUCGGUCUGCGCGUGCUGGACUACAGCGCCGGCCAAAGCAUCGGCACGGCCAUCACGUACACCGUCGCCACACUGGCCGUAGCCUGUCCCUGUGCGUUGGGCCUGGCGGUGCCCAUGGUCAUCGUCGUCGCUGGCGGGAUGGCUGCCAAGGGUGGCGUAGUUAUCAAAUCGGCAGAGACCAUGGAGCACGCGAGGAAGAUCACCGACGUGGUAUUUGACAAGACUGGGACCAUCACUGAGGAUGAUCUCGCGGUGGUCAAGAAGGUGAUUCUCGGGGAUGCACAAGAGGACGAGGCUGUUUCGUUGACUAAGGCUUUAGUCGCAGGAGGCAAGCAUCCAGUGUCAGCUGCCGUGGAGAAUUACUUGGCAGCACAUGCCCCUGCUGCUGCUGCUGCUGCUGCUGCUGCUGUUGUUGUUGUGUCAGGCGUCCGUGUGAUUCCUGGUUCUGGCAUCGAAGCCGAGUACCACAAAGACACCGUCAAGGCUGGUAAUGCUGAGUGGACAGGCACGUCCAGGGUGGCAGAAGUUGGCCGUCUCCAGGGAGCCGGUCUUACCACGCUGGUGGUGACACUCAACGGCACACCUCUGAUUGUGUUUGGACUCCGCGCUCGAGUCCGCGUCGAAGCAGUUGGCGUGAUAAAAGGGCUCAAGUCUCGCAACAUCUCCGUCCACCUCAUAUCAGGCGACCAGAUCCUAGCAGUGCAAGCCGUCGCACAGACCGUGGGCAUCCCACCAGGGAACGUCGCGGGUCACUGCACGCCAUCAGAGAAGAGGGACUACGUCGCGACUCUGAUGAGCGAUCCCACCAAGCACGUCAUGUUCUGCGGCGACGGCACAAACGACGCUGUAGCAGUCGCGCAAGCCGACGUGGGCGCCCAGAUGGGCGGCGGCAAGACGUCGAGCGACGUGACGCAGGGGGUCGCCGACGUGGUGCUGAUGAAGGGACUCGAAGGCAUCCCGUUGCUGCUCCGCGUCAGCAGGGCCGCCUACCACCGGAUGGUGUUCAACUUUGUCUGGGCGGCCGUCUACAACGUGCUGGCCGUGACUAUGGCGAGCGGGGCCUGGGUCUCGUUCCGCAUCGAGCCCAAGUACGCGGGUGCUGGCGAGAUGGUGAGCGUGCUGCCGGUCAUUCUGGCGGCUAUGUCCAUGUUUGUGCUCAAUCUAAAGCGGGGGAAGGAUGUGCACUGA